AUCCCAAGGGUAGCUCUCCAAUCACGUGACGUCAACUUUUUGCAGUUGCGACCAGGAACCAGCGCAAGUCGCGACCCAACAUUUGACCACCGCAACACAGCACUCAUCCCACGGCCGUAUUUCUUGCGACGAGACGGGACAGCAUUCAAGAUGUCGGGCUUCGGAGAGUACCCGCCAAACAUGGCGCCCCAGGAUGCGCUGAUUGUGCGGCAAGAAGCCGAGCCCGAUCACGCAGUCGUCCCCUACACCGGCGAAGACCUCGCCCGACCGCGGGUCGGCCCCGCGAACCCCUUCAAAGACGAGUCCGCCAUGACGCUGAAGCGCAAAAACGUUCUCACGGGCAGGGCGGAGGAGACGUACAUUUCAGAACACACCUUUCGCAGCAAACACCGCGCUAUCGAGCGCAAGGGCGGACCAGAGAGGGAGUACCAGACGGGCGCGGCCGUCAAAGAAGAGAACGCGCGGAUACGGUCCGGCCGCGAGAACAAGGGCGACGCGACCAUUGUCGAGGGGGACGGGGCGUACCUGGGGCCCUGGGCAAGAUACCGGCGCGAGGAGUACGAGAUCGUCGGCGAGGGCGAGGCGCUAGCGAGCGACGAGGAGUAUGAGGAGGUGACGGACGAGGGCGAGGACGACGACGUUGUGGAGAGCGGGACGGUGCUGCGCGCGCCCGAGACGGCGCUGGCGAGGAGGAAAGAGGUCGAGGCGAUGGGCGAGGAGACGACGACGUUCCACGGCGCGUCGGAGACGGACUACCAGGGCCGGACGUACAUGCACGUCCCGCAGGACCUCGACGUCGACCUGCGCAAGGAGGCCGGGAGCGUUACGAAUUACAUCCCCAAGAAGCAGAUCCACACGUGGCGGGACCACACCAAGGCCGUCACGGCGCUGCGCUUUUUCCCGGGCUCGGGGCACUUGUUGUUGUCGGCCUCGGCGGACAGCACGGUCAAGAUCUGGGACGUCUAUCACGAGCGGGCGCUGCUGCGGACGUUCUCUGGCCACGCCAAGGCGGUUUCGGACGCGACGUUCAACAACGACGGCACGCGGUUCCUGUCGGCGAGUUUUGAUCGGCAGAUUAAGCUAUGGGAUACGGAGACGGGCACCUGUCUAAGCCGGUUCUCGACGGGCAAGACGCCGCAUGUUGUCAGGUUCAACCCGUCGGCGGAGCAUGCCCAUGAGUUUGUGGCGGGUAUGUCGGACAAGAAGAUUGUGCAGUGGGAUACGCGCGCUGGCAACGAGAUUGUGCAAGAAUACGACCACCAUCUCGCAGCUAUCAACACAAUCACCUUUGUCGACGAGGGCCGCCGCUUCAUGACAACGUCGGACGACAAGUCCCUCCGCGCCUGGGACUACAACAUCCCCGUGCCCAUCAAAUACAUUGCCGAGCCCUACAUGUACCCCAUGACGCGCGCGGCGCCGCACCCGAGCGGGAAAUACGUCGCCUUCCAGUCCUCGGACAACCAGAUUGUCGUCUACGGCGCCAACGACAAGUUCCGGCAGAACCGCAAGAAGUCGUACCGCGGCCACAACAACGCGGGCACGGCCAUUGACGUGAGCGUGAGCCCCGACGGACAGUUUUUGGCGAGCGGCGACACGCAAGGGUUCGUGUGCUUUUGGGACUGGAAGACGUGCAAGAUGUAUCAUAAGCUCAAGGCCGGGGAGCAGGCUGUUACGUGUGUCGCGUGGCAUCCGCAGGAGACGAGCAAGUUUGUUUCGGCGGGAGCGGAGGGGGAUAUCCGGUAUUGGGAUUAA